UAAGCCUUGCGAAAAUGUCAUACCCGCCUGCGUGGACAGAGGCGGACGAAAACGCUGAAUCAUCAAAGCAAAACGUACACGCAUCAAUAGGCCCAAAAACGGUAUCACCCAUUCCAGAAUCAGGUUCAUCAGAAAAAGUAAUGGACAAAGCCGAACAAAGAUCAGUCUCCUUAAAUAUAUCAGAGUCAGCAGAAAAAGCAGGAAUUGUAACCGAAUCGAUGAGUCAUCGAAGAUCUGUAGACCUUCAAAGGUCGGCGGAUUCGCAGAAAUUGGCAAACGUUCGGAAAGCAGCAGACGUACAGAAUUCUACAGACCUUCGAAAAUCGUCAGGAUUGGAAACAAGUUCCCCUGUAGCUCGUACGUCAAAUAAAUCGAUAGGUCUUCGUUUCUCAAGAAUCUUGAGCGCAAGUCCAGCAUCCCCAAAGACAAACAAAUUUUCCGGCGGAAAAAAAAGUUCACCAGUCCAGACUGAAGGCAACGGCACCGACAAUAAACGUGUGUUAAGAGACACACAACGGAAACGGGAAAAAACAUGGUGCCUGGUUGUGACGUUGGCGUGCUGUUCAUUAUUCGGAAUUGCCUUUAUACUGAUGGUGAUUUAUGCAAGACAAGCACUAUUGAGAAGUGCAAGUACCAAUGUUACUAAAGCUUUAUUAUGGACCUGUGAACCUACACAGCCAUUGCCGGUUCUGGCAACGCCGGCCUAUGAUACUAACAGGUUCUUCGUCGAGAAGUACAAAGGCCGCGCCGUGACUACGCAGACGUUCUACAACACUCAGAAGUCGUCUCUUAUUGAACGCACUAACGAGCCAAACAGCAGAGAGAACGAUCAUACAAACUGACGCCUACGACCGAGAGAACGAGGCACGCUUAAAUUUUUCGAUAGGCUGACCUGAUCCCUUCUAAAAAGCUGUGAAAUUAUAACUCUGUUAUAUGUGCAAGUGCCCAAAUGUCUGCACCACUGACGGACGUUUGUGUUACCUACUGCGUUAAGCAAGCCUAAUCGUUAUCGGUCAAAGAGAACAAUUGCUUUUUUAAGGCGGCUUAAAUUAUUGCUCGACUGUUUCUACGCUAUCAGCGUUUCACAGUCGUUCUGGAAGUAUGCCUGCCGUAAAACUCGCUUGUAGCUGAAGAAGUCACAAACGAAAUUUCUCUGCCAGCUCACAGAUAUGAUGGAGAAUGGAACUAUAUUGAAGCACUGAACUGAAAAGUGCCCUUCUGGGUUGGGUGCAUCGACUCGCGCUCUGAAAACUCUUGACAAAAGGCCCGUUAUCAGUUGGCAGGUCAUAACAUACUUCUAUUAGAGCAUUCAGUGGAAGUGACGCUCAGGCAGCACAUAAGAUUGUUAGAUCGUUCAAAUAUACGAUUUUUCUAUAAAACACAUAUCAAAGCAUUAUCUGUAUGCGCGCAGUUAUUGGACGAUCGAAAGCUAAUUUCAACACCUUCUAAACUAUAAAAAUCUGUACGUAUUUUUACACAUUUGGCUCAAAGCUUGCCUCGCUUUUUCUCUAGGUUGCUCUGCAUUUGCCAUACGAUUUACGAGUUUUUUUGCGAUCGAAUCGUGCGACCAAAAAACGGAUGUCCGAUACUGUUCCUUUCUGAACUUUCUGAAAUCCUUGUCCUUCCAGAAAGAAAGUUCCUUUCUGAAACAAGCUGCAACUGGAUUAACAAGAGCUGUUGUAUAUGAUAGCAAAGAUGACUGCGCAAGAUAUGAGUGUACUUUUUUACCGUAGCUGCUGUCAGCGUUGUAAAAUUUUAAAUUUCGA